AAAACUUGACCCACACUCUCAUCAGUAAGCGACAAUGAUGGCUUCUUGCGGACUGUUCCGCUCCCUGUCUUCCAACUUUUGCACAGUUUUGCCUUUACUCACUCGCUCAGUACCUCUUUCUCCCCUGCAGCUGGCGUCUAAGCCUUACUUCGGAAGAACAAUAGCCUCUUCUAGCCGGUUAUCAGCAGCACUUAAAUUCACAGACAAGCACGAAUGGAUUCGAGUAGAGGACGGAGGAAUUGGGACUGUCGGUAUCAGCAAGUUUGCACAAGAGGCUCUGGGAGAUGUAGUUUAUUGUGGCCUGCCAGAGGUGGGAACACAGCUGGCUCAGCAAGAUGAGUUUGGAGCUCUGGAAAGUGUAAAGGCAGCCAGUGAGCUUUAUUCCCCUUUGACUGGAGAAGUUGUAGAGGUCAAUACACUUCUGGCAGACAACCCCAGUCUGGUCAACAAAUCUUGCUACAAAGAUGGUUGGCUGAUGAAGAUGACCAUUGCCAACCCUGCUGAGCUCGACACUCUAAUGGAUGAAGCUGCGUAUGAGCGAUACAUUCGCUCCAUCGAGGACUAACCUAACGCCUCCUAAUAAGUGCUGUGCUCCCUCUCCCUUUUCAAACACCACUGGCAGGGAGAUGCACUAAAUGUGCCUGUCAAUACAAUGCUUAGCACCCACCAGUGGAGCAUUAUAGCUCCAGAUUGCUGACCUGCCAGUGUUGUAGAGCUGUGAACGUUAGAAAUCUUUUAUCUACUGUUACAGACUGACUUUCGGGGUCCUGCCAGUCUGCACUGACUAAACAACUGUUGUUGAGUUCUUACAGCCUCAAAUCCCCCAAAACAGAAGAAACUGAGACUUGCAGUCAAUAGAAUAGUUUCCAAACAUUUCAGUCAAAACUUGAAAUUCUGUUCUAGGACACUGUUAGACUUAAAAAGCACUUUGGUUUGUAUGUUAUUAUUAAUUAUGUUGGUCUGCAUUGCAUGUAUGACAGCUAAACUGUGGACAUGGGACCUGUAUUAUAGAAAAUAAACAUUUCCUUACACA